AUGGCUGGAAAGCUUUCGAAAGAAGAUGAAAACUUAAAGUUAUCACAACUAGGACUUCGACUUGUACUCAGUACGGUUAUUCAUCCAGUAGAAUAUGCAAAAUUUUUGAUGCAAAUUGGCCAUGAACCUAUACCUCCGCACCCUAUGACCAAUAUUUUUGGAAAGCCGAUAUUAGCCUUGCCGAACGUAUUUCAAUACAUUGCUUAUAUUAAAAGUGUUGAUGGGACAGCAGGCUGCUUUAGAGGUCUCGGUGCAAAACUUUGUGCCAAUGUCAUCAAUGGUGCUGCAUUUGAAACCGUUAAGGAAGGAAUACGUUUUGAAAGUGAUUUUAAAUCUUUUGUUAAUGAAACUGAAUUAGAUCCAAAUGUAGAGAGGAGACAAAAGUUUUUAAAAAAUUUUGUUAAGGAUGUAGCAGGAUAUACUGUGGCUGUGAUAACAAGUCAUCCAUUUCAAGUUAUUGCUGCUCGAAUGAUGGCACAGUUUGUGGGUAAUGAAACAAAAUACAGUACUUUUAUAGGAUCUAUACAAGAAAUCUACCAUCAAAAUGGACUUUGUGGUUUUUUUUCCGGUUUAACACCUAGAUUAAUUGGUGACUUAUUAAAUGUCUGCAUUACAACUAGUUGUACAUAUAUAAUUCAUGUUUAUUUUACCGAUGAUAAGGAAAUUCAAAAUUAUUGUAGUGCCAUUAUAGGUUUUUUCGCUACAGCAUUCACAUACCCUUUUCAUGUAGUUUCCAAUUGCAUGAUCGUCAACAAUUCAGGGUUGAAAGCAGGAUCACCCCCACACAUGCCACAUUAUAAAUCUUGGCUUAAUUGCUGGAAGCACCUGGAAAGCACAAAACAAAUAAAAAGAGGUUCUUCACUCUUCUGGAGAAGAUAUCCACUGAUGAGAAGAAAAAAAAAAAUGAAAUAA